AACGAAGUUUCAGUUGAUCGCUAGAGUUCGACCGUUAAUGUGUGCUCGCUCAAUCUGUGCUCCGUGUCGAAGAUAACUGUAAAUCCGCGACAAAGAAAGACGAAGUUUUACCUUGGACUAACCGAGAACAGAGAGGCUAAUCUAUCUCUGGACUUCGCGAUUGGCGUGUAUCGUUGUUAAUAGUGACUAUCGCGGAAACCGAAGUGAUCCGAAAAUUCGCUGGUUAAUAUUCAAGAUAUUUCUUUUUCUCAAGGUGGAUUUUAAUCAGAAGUAAUCAGUGAUCACUGAUCGUCACUAGAAUUACGUCCUAAGAGACGAGAAGACACUUCGAGAGAUACCCAGAAGUGAUUAGUGUGGUUGAUGUCUCUGAAGAACGCAACUGUGGCCGACCAUGGGAAUGGUGCCUGAAGCCUUAGGGUGAAGUGUCACGUUAACAUGCGCUAAGGUUCAGCAGAAUGCCGAAAAUUUUUCUAAUCAAGAAUCGAUUGCAUCAACAACAAUUGAGACUAUUAGAGGCACACCACGCCGGGAAGAAUUCAUCGACUAAUGGUGCCGAACCUCUCAGUCUCAUUGUGAAUAAGCAUCAGUAUCGCGAGAAAACAGACGAUGAUCGAGCAACGACUCCGGAAUCGUUACGCAGCAGCAGUCCAGCUUCUUCUCCGCCGCCACAAUGGCAAUCGAGCACUCCAACCGAUACACCGCCGCGUCGAUUCAUCUCGAGUAUUCUCGGCGGAGACGUACCAUACGGGAGCAGAGGACACGUACUGACUAGGGCGGAACGUAAGGAAUAUAGCAGCCCACCGAUCGUUCCCUCCUCUAGCGAUGCUACUCAAUUUCUCUCGAAAUCGGAGAAGCUGGUGCUACCCAGACCUGACACUCCUCCAAAAACGCCAAGAGUCGAACCACCGACUAGAGUGUCAGUCAUUCAGAGGGUGCCUUCACAAGGUCAGUCAACGUCUAGGAGGGAGGAUAAGGUUGAAGUGCCACAAGUUCACGAACCGGAACAGGAACAGCCAAUCGAUUACGCCGUGCCGAAGAGAAAGGAAGAGGACGAGGAGCGAGGUCGCGAAGGUGCAAAAGUAUCGCGCGCGAUUGGUAAUUCAAUUGCCAGGCCUCUUCUAGCCAUGAGAUUAUCUGGUCCUCAGGUAGUUCACGCAGCAGCAGGUCACGGAAGAUCUUCAACUUCCGGUGGCAGCGGGAGUUCCGGUUCUAGCAACGGGUCUAGCAACUCCGGUAGCUCCUCUUCUUCGAAUUCAGGCGGAAGUGGUAGCUACUGCGGAGGCGGGGCAGUCACAGGUGGUAGUGGAGGCGGUGGAGCUGUAGGCGGAGGCGCUGGAGGUGGAAUGAAUCCUGGUGGAAACGGUCGCGGAAAUUACGGGCCGAGUUCGCCACCCACUGGCUCUUUACCUCCCUUCUAUGAGUCCCUCAAGGGCGGAAAUAAUCUGGCAAAUUUCGCAAAUCAAUACAACAGUACUCAAGGAAACGGGUAUUUGACACCAUCACCGGCGGUAGGAAUGGACUGCGACGCAGGACAGCAAGACAUAAACUCGCAGCAUUCUCAAUAUAAUGCUCAAGAGGGCAAGCAAUAUUCUCUUCUACAGAAUGUGUGCGCAUCUUAUGGUUUGACACUGAAGGAGGAGGAAGAUCUAUCCGCAUACAAGAUACAAACAAACGAUUUGCUAUCGGGACAUUAUGGCGCCUAUGAUAUGACCGACACAGGAAUGAUGGUAGACAUGGUGACGGGCGCCGUUGUAGAUCCUCUUCAGUUCACCGCUACCUUGACCUUCAACUCACCCUCGGAUCAUACCGCUCUUCUUGAGAGUCUGAGCGAUGCCGCCGAUUUAUUUUUACCGAGGCUACCAGCUGAGGAUGGUAGCAACGAUCUUCUGGAAGAAUCUUUGCACUCGCCAGCUUCGGCUGGAAGUGGAAUCGGCCAGGACGGCGGGCAAAUGACCACUCCCGUAGAACCGAGCGUCGAUCCUUUCCCAGAGCACAGCAUGGCCUUAACCAGAGGCUUCGACACGUCGAGGAGCAGCUACACAGCAGUUCCUCAACAUUUCAGUUCGAAAUUAGGGCUGACCUACGCUACAGCAGAGUCAAGUUAUCAGCCCAUUGCCAAGGAACGCCCAGAGCUCGCGCUUCACAUUAAUCAGAACCCUCAACACCACUCAGAACCGCAGUUGCAACAGUUACAGAUACAGGUGCAGUUGCAACAACACCAACAGCACCAACACCAGCACCAGCACCAGCAGCACCAACAGCAUCAGCAGCAGCAACCGCCGCCGCAACAGCAGCAACAACCGCCGCCGCAGCAGCAGCAACACCAAGGACUGUUGAGUCCAGGAUUAAGUUUUACCGGUAGCGGUUUGGAAUUAGAUUCUGCUAGUAGCGUUGGUGGAAGCUUACCAAGCCCAGGAGCUGCUAGCUGUUCUUUGGACGCCGCCUCGACCAGCACAUCGCCAUCCUGUGCUCUGAUGGAACACGCACCAAGCCCGGCGGCUGCGGUGUCCUCUGCGUCAGUAAAUACCGUACAACCAACUGGCCCUGUCGGAGAACCACCACUGACGCAACGGGUCGGUGUACUACAGCAAAGGCUUGGGCUUCCUGGUGACUGCCAAUUGGAGUUUGUAAACGGCGGCCACGGAAUUAAGAAUCCUCUGGCGAUCGAGGGUCAGAGACAGGCUGCGGCUACUCGCGAGGAAGAGAGAGCAGCUCGACCUCCGCCUGGCAAGGAUGACGAUCCAAAUCGUUUCACGUGCCGCGUGUGCACCAAGAAUUUCAGCUUGCAAAGACUGUUGAAUCGCCACAUGAAAUGCCACAGCGACGUAAAACGUUAUUUAUGCACAUUCUGUGGCAAGGGUUUCAAUGACACGUUCGAUUUGAAGAGGCACACCAGGACACACACCGGUGUUCGUCCGUACAAGUGUAAUCUCUGCGAAAAGAGCUUCACGCAGAGGUGCUCUCUGGAAAGUCACUGCCUUAAGGUUCACGGUGUUCAACAUCAAUACGCAUACAAGGAACGUCGCACAAAGGUAUACGUAUGCGAAGAAUGUGGGCAUACGACGCAGGAGCCGGAAGUUCAUUAUCUACAUCUGAAAGACAAACACCCAUACAGCCCAGCUUUGUUGAAGUUCUAUGAUAAGCGACAUUUCAAAUUUACCAACAGCAAUUUUGCCAACAUGUUGCUCCAGGGUGGCCUGUUGCAACGGGACUCGCGGAAUACGGACAGCUGCGUAAAAUCAGCCUCGAAAAGCCUCGAAGCACCUCUUCAACGUGCCACGACAUUGUUGCACCUGAGUCGGGCUUCCAGCUUGUGAUGAUGACUACAAAGACAACGAGAAGACAAACAAGAGGAAAAAGAAACGGAGGAAAGAAGAACGAAGAGGAAGGCUGACUACGAUUUUUUAGCUACUCAACUGGAAGGCCAUCAAACGCAUCUUGAAAUAAACGUCGCGCGAAAAGUACCUGCAGAUGGCCCCCUUAAGCGGUGAUACACGACGGCGUCGAGGGCCGAUGACGAUCAGAUUAAUUGCGAGAAUCACGUGAAUCUCAUAAUUAUCCACGAGAUUUGUACUGACCCGUGAAUCCCAGAGCAUAGGCAUAAAAAAAAAUAAAAAGAAAGAAAGUAUAUUUGCAUACACAGUAUUGCCUUAUUGAGUACACGAUAACUGACGCAUAAGGUUUCAUCAACCACGUAUAGGUAGAUAUAUAAUAUAUGUAUAUGUGUAGACUAUGAUAUUUAGGUUACAAAAAAA